ACGACACAGCCGUGUACUACCUCCGAGGGCCGACGGCGAAGCUCAACUUCCCAGAUGAAAUAUCGGGGGGCGGGGGACUGAAGGACCUGUCGGCGGCGUCCAUAAGGAAGAAGGCGGCAGAGGUGGGCGCCAGGGUUGACGCCCUUCAGACCAACGCCGGUCAGCAUGAGUCGAUGAAACCAUCUUGGUAUCAAGACGAGAUUGAUCUGAACAAGAAGCCGGAGCCGGAGGGCGAAGACCCGGCCGGCGUUGACUACUGGUGAUUAAUACAUCAAAAUCUUUAACUAUAAAUACUCUUUUUCCCCCCUAAAUCUUUUUUAGUGUAAGAGGUGAGAUGGUAACAUGAUGCACCUCGUAGUUCGCAGCAGUCUUAGGUUUUCCGUUCAUCUUUUUCCCUAUGUAAUACUCUCUCUCUUCUCUUUCUCUCUCUCUGAAUAGAACAGUUAGUAAUGUAAAUAUAUUUUUAGUUUAUGA